AUGCCAGCGGCGCGCGCGCGGGCGUCGCGCAAGCAUCUCACAGAAUAUCAGGGAUGGCCCAAAGGCAUCUACCCCAUGAGCGAUGGCUGGGUGCCACCUUGUUAUCCGAAAGAGGAGGAGCUGAUUGAGUACGAGGAAAAGAUGAAGGCCCGAAAGAAAGCGACGUUGGUGAAGCGUCACCUGUGCGUCAAGGAGCCUCAGCUGCAACGCCUCUCCAAGCGUGCUUUUGCUCAGAAGAGUGAAUACUCCAUGCUGGCCUACGCCAUCGCCGAGGGCGAGUACUCGGGUGAAGGUGAUGACCGGAGUUAUUUCGUCAUCGUGUUCUAUGAGCCUGCCAAGAAGAGUAAGGUGGAGCGCGCCUUCAAGUCCGUGGGCGCAGCACUGGCAGACUACGAACAGGUCGUGGUUGAUCCUGAUUCCAAGAUGGAGCAGGAGGAGAAGUUCAUGUUCGCACAUGGUGCCGGCGAUCCCGGUGAAUGUAUUCUGGGCGAGUACGAAUACCAAGUGGUACCGAAAGGAAGUCCGGAGUAUGACGACCCCUGGGGUCCAACACACCCAGAAGGAUGCCUUGGCCUCGUUGCAGCGGUUCCUUUCCACAAGACUGGAAGAUUUCUUUGGUAUGACUUAGGCGAGCUGCAGCUGCUCUGGCUUUUCUGGCCAGGCGUUGCCCCCAUCGAAUAUGCGGAAGGGGCACGCGUGGAGUUGAAGGUGAACAAGCUCACGUCUGUGAAGACGCAGCUGCCUUAUGGCUACUACACGCUGCCGUUCUGCAAGCCAGACAGCGGGAUCGUAGAAAGCGUGGAGAACUUGGGUGAGAUUCUGGCUGGAGACCUCAUCGAAAACUCGCCUUUCGACCUAAGGAUGGGUGAGGACGAGAAGUGCAAAAUGCUCUGCAAAAAGCCUCUAGAAGCUGCAGACAAAGAUAAAUUCCGAUCACGUAUCGAUGAUGAGUAUCUAGUGAACUUCAUCGUAGACAAUCUCCCAGCUGCCACGAAGUACGUUCGUAAAAGUGAUGGCGGAGAGUUUACGUACAUGAACGGCUUUCCGAUCGGCGUUCAGAAGGAUGGCAAGUACUACCUCUACAAUCACUUGAAGUUGGAUCUCAAGUACCAUUCGAGUGACACCUAUGAGGGUCACCGGAUUGUCGGCUUCGAGAUUGAGCCAAGGAGUGUCGUCCAGGCGACACAAGCAGAUCCCACCAAGCCUGGAGGCCUGAAGGCCGUCUGUCAGGAGGGAGCCGAUGCUCAGCUCAUGGAGCUCGACAUGUUCAACGAAGUCAUCUUCUCAUACGACGUAACUUGGGAGUACAGCGAGAAUCGGUGGGUGUCCAGAUGGGACAACUACUUGAAGAUGACUGGGGGCCAAAUUCACUGGUUCUCGAUCCUGAACUCCCUCAUGAUCAUGCUCUUCCUUUCGGGCAUGGUCGCCAUGAUUUUGCUUCGAACUCUGUACCGUGACAUCACCAAGUACAACGAACUAGCCACUGCCGAGGAAGCAGCGGAGGACUGCCACGUACAUGAAGUCGUCCCUUCCAAAAUUAGUCGAAACGCUGCAGCACUGCAGGAGACUGGCUGGAAACUCGUCCACGGCGACGUCUUCCGCAAGCCACGCUUCGGCCGCUGGGCCGAGUCGCUGCUUUGCUCGCGCCGCCUUGGCCAAGCGCUUGGCAGCUUCGAAAGUCUCAGACUUCUGAGGCAAGCUGUUGGCAGUCUCUGUCGGCUCGGGAGUCUGGGCCUGAGAUGCUGUCAAGGCUGCUCAAAAGCGGAAGUACAUGUGGCUUCCGUCAGUGGUGUGGAAAGCUGCCAGGUUGCAUGCUCCUGUGCACGAUUCGGAUUUUGCCAGCAGCACUUGAAGCCGGCAUGA